AUGGAGAAAUCCGGCUACGGCAGAGACGGCAUUUACAGAUCACUUCGCCCAACGCUCGUUCUUCCCGAAGAUCCCAACACAUCGUUAGUCUCUUUCCUGUUCCGCAACUCCUCUGCUUACCCGUCAAAGCCUGCUCUCGUUGACUCCGAUACCGGCGAUUCCUUAACCUUCUCUGAGCUCAAAUCCGCCGUCUCCCGACUAGCUCACGGACUUCUCCGUCUAGGUAUCCGUAAAAACGACGUCGUGUUGAUCUUCGCUCCGAACUCUUACCAGUUCCCUCUCUGUUUCCUCGCCGUAACGGCAAUCGGAGGCGUUUUCACCACCGUGAAUCCUCUCUACACUGUCAAUGAGCUUUCCAAGCAGAUCACUGACUCCAAACCAAAGCUUAUCAUCUCUGUUCAAGAACAGUUCGACAAAAUCAAGACUUUUAACCUCCCCAUUGUCCUACUCGGAUCUUGCGACUCCGUAAAGAUUCCUGAAUCGAAACAGAAGGUUCUAACUUUCGACAACGUGAUGGAACUCUCUGACCCAGUUUCAGAUCUCCCGAUCGCCGACGUUAAGCAAUCAGACACAGCUGCUCUGCUUUAUUCCUCCGGAACCACAGGAACAAGCAAAGGUGUUGAGUUAACUCAUGGGAACUUCAUAGCAGCUGCACUAAUGGUGACGAUGGAUCAAGAUCUGAUGGGAGAGUAUCACGGAGUGUUCUUGUGUUUUCUUCCGAUGUUCCAUGUGUUUGGUCUGAAUGUUGUUACUUACGCCCAGCUUCAGAGAGGCAACGCUGUGGUCUCCAUGGCGAGAUUCGAGCUCGAGACGCUUCUUAAGAACGUUGAGAAGUAUAGAGUCACUCAGCUUUGGGUUGUUCCUCCUGUGUUUCUUGCUCUUGCCAAGCAAAGCAUUGUGAAGAAGUAUGAUCUUUCUUCUCUUAAGUACGUUGGAUCAGGAGCUGCUCCUCUUGGGAAAGAUUUGAUGGAGGAGUGUGGAAGAAACAUUCCUAAUGUUGUGCUUAUGCAGGGCUACGCAAUGACUGAAACGACUGGAAUCGUCUCUGUGGAAGACCCAAGACUUGGGAAACGAAACUCUGGUUCAGCUGGAAUGCUAGCUCCAGGAGUUGAAGCUCAGAUAGUGAGUGUAGAAACUGGAAAGUCUCAACCUCCUAAUCAACUAGGCGAGAUUUGGGUUCGAGGGCCUAACAUGAUGAAAGGUUAUCUCAAUAACCCUCAGGCUACUAAAGAGACAGUAGAUGAACAAGGUUGGGUACAUACAGGAGAUCUUGGUUACUUCAACGAAGAUGGUAACAUUUUUGUUGUUGAUCGGAUCAAAGAACUUAUCAAAUGCAAUGGCUUCCAGGUUGCUCCAGCUGAGCUAGAAGGACUUCUUGUAUCGCAUCCCGAAUUACUAGACGCUGCCGUUAUCCCGUUGCCUAAUGUGGAAGCUGGUGAAGUUCCAAUUGCAUUUGUUGUACGGUCACCGAACAGCUUAAUAACAGAGGAAGAUAUUCAACGGUUCAUAGCCAAACAUGUCGCUCCUUACAAAAGGCUACGACGAGUGAGCUUCAUUAGCAGUGUUCCAAAAUCUGCUGCUGGUAAAAUCUUGCGAAGGGAACUUGUUCAGCAAGUAAGAUCAAAGAUGUGA